AUGGCAGGCGGACAACCAGGAGGCAACUCUCGCGGCCGUGGCGGCAAAUUCAGAAAGUUCACCCGUGGAGGUGGCAAGCACUUCUCUCGUGAUCUCAGACCCCUCGACGCCGAUGGCAACGAAAUCAACAUCAAGAAGAAGGAUGAGGAGAGCUCUGAAGAAGAAUCUGAGGAGGACUCUGAGGAGGAGUCCGACUCUGACGAGGGCGGCGCCGCCCAGGCCGAGAUGUCUCGCGCCGACCGAAAGGCCGCCGCAAAGGCUCGCAAGGACGCCGCCAUAGCCAAGAAGAAGGCCCAGGCCGUCGAGGUCGGCGACCUCCCUCCGACCGAUUCCGAGGAGGAGAGCAGCGACGACGACAUGCCCGCCAACCCCAACCACUCCAAGGCCUCUCGCAACCAGACCAAGGCGCCUGCCCCCACCGCCGACGUCGACGAGGCCGCCGAGGGCGUCAAGAAGCUGACCGUGGCCAACAACCGCAAGGAGCGCGAGAGCAUGGAGGCCGCGCAGGCCAAGGAGAGAUACCGCAAGCUGCACGAGGCCGGCAAGACGGACGAGGCCAAGGCUGACCUGGCGCGGUUGAGACUCAUUCGCGAGCAGAGAGCGGCUGAUGGUGCUCGGAGAGACGUAAGCCUUUUUCACCGAAAUUUGAUCUGA